CCAAUAACAACUUGAUUUUUAAAACAGAUCCUGAAGACUUGGAGAAACCAAUAAAGAUGUUAACUUGAAUUUGAAUGUCUACUACUGAGUUGAUAACUGGAGAAUUCAAUUAUGGUCGUCGUUCUUCGCUCCAUAGCCAAGUCACUCGAGCUAACAUUAUCGACGGAAUCAAAACCCUACAUUUCCUCUCAGCUAAUCUCUCGCCUUAGGUCUUUGAAUUCCCAUUCCCGAGUUCAAAGAUGGGGAUUCCAGAGCAGGCGGACUCUCAUUUUAGAGACAUCAACAUCCGAAUCCAUAAAGUUAGAACAACACUCCGAAUCUGAUUCUGGAAUUUUGGAGCUUAAGUUGGAUAGACCGGGCAGAAAGAAUGCGAUCGGGAAGGAUAUGCUAAGAGAAUUACAGCAUGUGUUAGAUAGAAUAACUAAAGAACGUUUGGCUAAUGUUUUAAUGAUCUGCAGCUCCGUUCCGAAAGUGUUUUGUGCUGGUGCUGAUUUGAAGGAGAGAAAGACAAUGGCUCCAUUAGAGGUCAGGGAGUUUGUGAACACUCUUCGGAAAACAUUCUCUACUCUGGAGGCAGUUUGUAUUCCGACUAUUGCUGCGAUUGAUGGUGUAGCUUUAGGUGGAGGACUAGAAAUGGCAUUAUGUUGUGAUCUUCGCAUUUGCGGGGAAGAUACAGUUUUGGGCUUGCCGGAAACUGGACUUGCAAUCAUACCCGGAGCUGGUGGGUCACAGCGGCUUCCUAGAUUGGUUGGAAAAUCAAUCGCAAAGGAUCUCAUAUUUACUGGACGAAAGAUUAAUGGGAAGGAAGCCUUAUCACUGGGACUGGUCAAUGAUUGUGUUCCUUCUGGCGAAGCUCAUCUAAAGGCACUUGAAAUUGCUCGAAGUAUAAACCAGAAGGGACCGCUUGCAUUAAAGAUGGCAAAACAUGCAAUUGAUAAAGGAUAUGAGUUGGAUUUGGAAUCAGCUCUGGCAUUGGAGGAGGAUUGCUAUGAGCAACUAUUGAACACAAAAGAUCGGCUAGAAGGGCUUGCAGCAUUUGCUGAGAGACGAAAACCUAUAUACACAGGCGAAUAAGUACAUCAGAUUAGCUAUGCCAAUUGCUUACCAAUGAUUUGUUAAGAAUACAAUGCAAUCAUGCAUUUUUUUGUAUUAUCGCCGAUUUAUUAUAACGUUGCAGUCCAUCUUCUAUGCAUUCAACAUUCUCUCUAUGUGGUUCUGGUAUGGUAUAUUGCAAAAUCAUGCCGACUCCUUGCACCCCAGAUUAUUUAUUAUGGAGUACAUGUUUUUCAUGAACUUCAAUGGGAAGUCAGGUCGUCUUCCCAGGAUCGCCUUCAGGCCCUUCAUUCAUAAUGGCAAGUACCU